AGGUUUGUUCGCUAAAUUAGCAUAGAAAACGAGGCAGGCUGGGGAACCACAGAAGGGGAGGGGAGGCAAGUCAGCAGUGCGUCACAGCCCACGGAAAAGACGGUGAAAGAUUGCUAAGGUACUAACAAACAUGCCACUGUAUACCAACCAGGCGCACCAAACCAGAUAUGCCGAACUGAGAUGGUACCACACUUUUCUGCGUCACAGGUGACUGAGCAUCAGCAAAUACCCGACCUUUCUGACGACUGAAGAACCAAGGUGCACGUGCAAAAUAACCCUCUCAUUUCAAGAGAGGGAGCACACGUGAACUCACACUUGAGUUUAUUUGGGUCCUCCUCGUCACAGAACAGGACAAAAUACAAUGAAGCAAGGUUGGAUAAACUGCGUUGGAGAGAAGAUACCUGAAUAAAGAGCGAAAGGCAAACGCAAUGAGGUAGCCUACAGCGGAACGCGAAGGUAAAAAAGAAAAAAAGAAAAGUUAGUUUUUUUUUAGCUUGAAUGUUGAAUGAAGAGACUGGAAGUGAGCAUCAAAUGUGAUCUGGCAGCGUGGUGCUCACUUAAUAUCAUACAAAGACAAGUUUAAAAGCUUUGAUUCAAGCAGGAAGAUCCGAUAGGGCGGCGAGUCAUGGCUUCAGAGGGAUCCAUCGGUUUAGCGCAAUCUGCUGCCUUGAAAUUAUCAGAGAUGGGAGAAAGAACUAAGCAUUUGGGUACUGCUAUACAGGACCCCGAGCGGCAAAGGAGAAUCAUUUUAGUGAUUGUUUGUGUUGCACUGUUAUUGGACAACAUGCUUUACAUGGUGAUAGUACCAAUUAUUCCCGAUUAUCUUGCAGGUCUCGAGCAUGAGGCAGAACACGCCCUUGCACUUUUACAUACAAAUAAUUCAAACAGUACGACGCAAAAAGUCGGAAAAGAAAACUUUGAUUUGGAAAUCGGUGUACUCUUUGCUUCCAAGGCCAUUUUGCAACUCCUUGUCAAUCCACUUACAGGAACCUUUAUUGACCGCGUUGGGUAUGACAUUCCACUUCUAAUUGGACUUACUAUCAUGUUCCUAUCCACCUGUACAUUUGCUUUCGCUGAGAACUAUGGAACUUUGUUUGCAGCACGUAGUCUGCAGGGUUUGGGCUCCGCAUUCGCAGACACUUCUGGACUUGCCAUGAUUGCUGAUAAAUACACGGAGGAGGGAGAGAGGAGUCGAGCGCUGGGCAUUGCCCUCGCAUUCAUAUCGUUUGGAAGUCUAGUGGCGCCCCCUUUUGGAGGUGUACUCUACGAAUUUGCAGGGAAGCGGGUUCCAUUCCUUGUUCUUGCCUGCGUCUGUUUUGCCGAUGGUGUGCUGUGUCUAACUGUUCUGAAGCCCUUUUCAAACAAUACCCGAGCGAACAUACCAGUAGGCACUCCCAUUUAUAAACUCAUGAUGGAUCCCUACAUAAUGGUUGUGGCAGGGGCGCUGACCACCUGUAACAUCCCCUUGGCCUUUUUGGAACCCACCAUCGCGAACUGGAUGGAGGAAACAAUGAAUUCUACUCAGUGGGAAAUUGGACUAACUUGGUUACCAGCGUUCUUUCCGCACGUUCUCGGUGUAUACCUGACUGUGAAAUUAGCAUCUCAGUACCCUCACUUACAAUGGUUCUAUGGGGCACUAGGUAUGGUCAUUAUUGGUGCAAGUUCUUGCACUGUACCAGCCUGCAAAACCUUUGGCCAACUCAUCUGGCCUUUGUGUGGAAUAUGUUUUGGUAUUGCACUGGUAGACACAGCUUUGUUACCAACACUUGCGUUCCUUGUAGAUGUGCGUCACGUGUCGGUGUAUGGAAGUGUGUAUGCUAUUGCAGAUAUAUCCUACUGUGUGGCUUAUGCUCUCGGCCCAAUAGUUGCAGGUCAGAUAGUGCACAACCUUGGCUUUGUCCAGCUCAAUCUGGGAAUGGGUCUUGUCAAUGUUCUUUACGCACCGGCCCUACUGCUGCUGCGAAACGUAAGUUUUAUGAAACCUUCCCAUUCAGAGAGAAAUAUGCUAUUAGAAGAGGGAGCUACAGGUCUUUACGAUACUAUUAAAAUGGAAGAGCGCCAAAACAAGAGAAAAGGGCUGAGUUCAGCGGGGAACUGUGUGCCAGUUGACACCUUUGGUGCGCAUCCCAGAGGAUACUCUGAAGAGGAGACAUCUGAACCAGAAUAUAUUUAACAGUCCAUGGCACUCGCUCGUGCAGCCUCUUUCAUUCCUGUUCAUCAGACUGGGAAUACCCUCAGUGUGAAGCAUACAUAUUCUUCCCCGAAAUUACUGAUUAUGUAACUUGUUUAAGGUUACCUUUUUCUGUUCCUGACACGAUCUCCUAGGGACGUGAGCAUUAGGUUGAAUUGCAUUAACCCACACGUCUCCUCAGACAGAUUAAAACUGUAAAUCUUGGGUAAAAGCAAUGCUGGACAUUUCUGUUAAGUUAAUGUUCUAGCUCUGUGUUAACUGCGUGUUCGAAAUCAUAUUCAGGGAUGUAUAUGCAGUGUUACACAUGUCGAAAUAAAGAUAUGUUGCUCGUCUUUCAGUGUAUCAUUCCUUAUAGGCCCACCCUUUGCUCUGUUUGUGCUGCUGUAACGUAUAUGCACUGUCACACAACACUUUCUCGAAAAAAGAUUGAACUGAAUCCUGAGUCUCAAUGUGUGUUGUUUGGACUUGGUUAGAAUCAAUGUACCUCUGGAAUGCAUACAUGUAUAAUGUGAAAUAUCUGCUGUACAUAGAUGUAACAUGUGUAAAUAAUUAAAAUAAUAGUUUGUUGGCUGAUUCAUUGUAGUGUUUGCAUUGCUCUUCCACAGUAAGUACAUGAACACCGAAUUAAUCGGUCAAAUAAUUCGAAAAUAAUUCUAUCCCAGAC